AUGGACAUGGAUGAGAGGAGGGAGCAAAAGAUGUGUAUAAGAGACAGGUGCGGGCCGAGCCGCGACUUCACGCAGCUGCUCUGCGACUUCUACACGGCGCUGGUGGCCGAGGCGCGGCGGCCUGCGCCUUUCGAAGUAGUCUUCGUGUCAGCCGACGACAGCUCCCAGGAGAUGCUGAACUUCAUGCGCGAGCUGCAUGGCACCUGGCUGGCGCUGCCCUUCCAUGACCCCUACCGGCAUGAGCUGAGGAAGAGGUACAACGUCACAGCCAUCCCCAAGCUUGUGAUUGUGAAACAAAAUGGGGAGGUCAUCACCAACAAAGGGCGGAAGCAGAUCCGGGAGCGGGGGCUGGCCUGCUUCCAGGACUGGGUGGAGGCAGCCGAUAUCUUCCAGAAUUUCUGCGGUUGAAGUGGGAGGGAUCUCAGAGGGCCAGGACAGGUGCUGCUUUUCCAGCACAGACGCUGGGGCAAAGAGGAGUAUGCUGGGUUCCUUCCUCUGUUGGUGUGAUAUUGUAUUUCAGAGCAGAAGCACGAAGCUGUGUUCAAAAGCAACUAUUGCUCAGGAAAUAAUGCACUCCCCGUUUUGAUCAUGCAGCCUGCUUGUAUUACAGUUAUUUUCGUUAUUCUUUGCAUACCUUUAUCCACCUGUGCUUAAGGAAGGAUUCUCAUAUGUUCAUCCUGAGCUGUUGGAAAUCUAUGCAAGACAUUUAUUUGUACAAGUCUCUUCAGGUAAAAUAAUCUAUUUAUUGAUAACAUUUUCUGGUGAUCUGUUUAUUUUAAUGAUAUGCUUUCACAACUAUCUUAAUAAAGUUUGCAAGCUGUGUGCUUUAA